UACCACUUCUGCACGUUUUACUCGUCUGACUGACAAACCGCGAUCUUAUUUCGGUCAUUGAGUAACCAUGAAACUUAGCCUUUGACCUUUCACCCGUGAAAGCGAUUUCCUUUCGCAGAUCCAGGAAGUGGCUUUGAAAUACUUGGUAUUUGUACGGUUUCUUAAUAAUCAUGUUCAAUAUUGAUACAUGUCUGUAGCAGGGAGUAUAAGGCUGUUCAGCAGACAUAUUCGGGUAGCCACAAGACAUUGUAGAUACGCCGCAAACAUGAGUUCUAUCCCGACAUCUCCUGCCCCCCUCCCACGUCUGUCGUUGGACCCGGACGUAGAAAGUCACAUCAAGAAGACGUAUUGUAAUAGUCAGGUUGUGGCUGCUAUAGGUAAGGAGGAGGCUGAAAGAAAAUUUCACAUUACCAUAGACCGCCUGUCCCUCCCACCUGGGUACACCACAGUCAGGGUCUGCACUGUCAACAGAACAAGGGACCUCAUCAGGGAGGAACUGCAACAACUUCUAAAGAAGGAGUACAGUAAUAAAGCAGCACCUUGCCCACCUGUGGAGCCUCAUCCUGUCUUACCUGAUGUCCUGGUCAUCCCUACAACUGGACCUCAUCCCAACCUACAGCAUCAUACAAAGGAGAUCAUGGUUGACAUCCACUGUGGAGCAGCUAUCCUGAGAGGAGCUCACAUCUUUGCACCUGGUGUCCUGGGUGCAACUGCAGAUGUCCAGGCAGGUGACCAGGUGUCUGUGUAUGUGGAUGUGGAGGGGAAGUGCCUGCGUGGGUUCCAGAAGCCGUACAGCGGUCCCAGGGUGUUCGUGGGGAACGGAGUAGCCAGGAUGAGCAGGGACGACAUCUUCAGUGUGGCGCAGGAACAACUCAGUGGUAUUGGGGUGGAGAUGACAUCCCCUCUCUAUGGCUGCCCUCCCCUCAACGAUGUCAUGUCUGACUCCAUCUUCCUACAAAACCUGCCAUCAACAGUAGCAGGCCACGUGCUGGACCCACAGCCAGGAGAGAGGGUGUUGGACAUGUGUGCUGCCCCAGGUGGGAAGACCACACACUUAGCAACCUUGAUGAGCAAUCAGGGAGCUGUAAUUGCCUUGGACAAAUCUCAAGGAAAAGUCGACAAAGUCAUGGCAAAUGCAAGAAGACUAGGCCUGACCUGCAUCCAGGCAUACAUGUUUGAUGGGGGAAAAGCUGCAUCAGAGGCUGCAGUUUGUGAGAAAGAUGAAACAUCCCUGGGUGACCCGCCCUACCCACCCAACACAUUUGACAGAGUACUGGUGGAUGCGCCCUGCAGUGCCCUGGGACAGAGACCAGCCCUCGGGAACAAGAUGAAGCUAAAGACACUAAAAUCCUACCCUUCCUACCAGAGGAGACUAUUUCCUGCUGCUGUGCAGGUGUUGAAGACAGGUUGCACCCUGGUGUACAGCACCUGCACACUGACCCUGGAGGAGAAUGAGGGGCAGGUGGAAUGGCUGCUGAACACCUUUCCUUGUCUGGAACUUGUGCCACAAACUCCAUAUUUGGGAGGACCUGGCCUGUCUGGAACUUCCUUAACUCAGGACCAGCUACAGAUGCUACAGAGGUUUGAGCCAUGGGGAGACAACAGGGGAGAGAAUUCUCAUCCUUCUGACAGAGACACUAUUGGCUUUUUCAUUGCAAAGUUCAUAAAGAGAGCAAGAUAACAGUGCAUUCUAUAAGUGCAAAAUUAUUGUUUUGCAUUAAAGCAAAUAUUUAGAAAAAAAGAUGUCUGUCUUAGUUUCAUUGUGUCCAUGUUGUCGCUAAGGUACACAUUUUGAAAAAAAUUAUAAGCAGGCAACCUUAUCAAUCUGUGUAAGCUAAUUUGUA